AGGCUUCUCUGUCUGUGGGCCACGUUGUAAAACUGGAGGAUAACACUUUUGAACACUGUGCCCUACUUUCAUCCAUCCAGGGCGAACAAUGAAACUCAAUCGUCGCCAUCUGCUGCGUGUAUAUUACCUGCUCUGACAUGGAUAAGAAAUAUGGACGUUGACAAAGAUAUAUGGAAAAGCUCAAACGUAUCCAAAUUAUGGACAGAUUAAUGCUUAUUUGGCAGGAAUUAUUGCGAGCUGGGAUGGCGAAUGUUCUACAAUAGCGAGUGUUGGCCUAAACGGAGCAAUGAAAUCAGCUCAUGUGCAGAUGCUAAAUAGUUUGUUAGAUUGCAAGCCAGUGCGAUGUGGCGACUUGGGGAGGCUUUGAUCCAGCAGUUGAUAGAUCGUGACUGAUGAUGAAAUGUACGCAUGUUCUGCCUUCAAUAGUAUUUGUAUUAAAUAUUCAUCCGUUUUGUUUUUGCUCAGACAUGACAAUGGUUUGGGGAGGCCUUCAUCUGGCUAUAGACUUACCGUGACAAAUGAUAAUUCAAAGGACAUUUGUCAAGAUGACAACAGACUUUUGUCUUCAUUAUGUUUACUUGGGCCUACACCUGAUUUGUUUACGAACAGCACUGAAUCUGUGCGGUCAGCUUGCAAUAACUGUGGUCUCAAGGGAAAUAUGCGGUGGCGAAAAACACCGCUGAGAAACCCCAAAAACAGGUUUGACAUUACCUCUCCUUGAAAAUGAUUUUUAUUUUUACAACCUAAAAUAAAUGUUGCGGCAUCGCACAUAAGUCGGAUAGCUUAGCCAGACGUGACGCUGCAGGCAUUUCGGCAGCUGCAACGCAUUGCCCGACGGUUUCGCCCGACUUUGGAUCACCUUGUCACCGGCCACAGGUGUUUGCGUGGCCACCACAACCCAGCCGCCCCACGUCGCCCACCACCACCAGCACCACCACCACCAGCAGCAGCAGCAGGACCACCGUGGGGGGCAUGGCAAGACGCGGCACGACCCCGUCAUCCUGAUCAGCGCGGCUCCGGCCGGACCACCAACCUCCCGCGCCAUGCCCGUGGUGCUCGUCCGCCCCACCAACCGGACGCGUCGCUUCGACUCCACAGGUGGCGCUGCCACCACCACCACCAACAGCAGCGGCGGCGGCAGCGGCGGCGGCGGCCGCGGCGGAGGCGGCGGAGGCGGCCAACACCGCCACCGCCGCCGCCGCUACGGACCGCACCGGCACUGGGCGGAGCCUGCGGGGUCCCGCCUCGUGGGGGCGGAGCCUGCGGGGUCCCGCCUCGUGGGGGCGGAGCCUGCGGGGUCCCGCCUCGUGGGGGCGGGGCCUGCGGAGCGUCGGGCUGGAGCCGACGCCGUCACCGAAGAGGAGGAGGCAGCGGCAGCAGCAGCAGGUGGAGGAGGUGGAGGAGGAGGCGGUGGUGGUGGAGGAGGUGGAGAGCGCGUGGCGGCAAGCAUGGAAGAGCCGCUCCUGCUCUACGACUUCAGCGAGUCGGGACAGGACGUACGCGUCCGCUAUGAAUGCGGCGGCGGCGGCGGCGCUGCUGCGGGAGGUUCGGCACGCGCCGACGGCAAAGCGCUGCUGCUGUUGCAGCAUCGCGCCGCGUCGCCUUCGCCCGCAGCCUCGAGGCACGGGAGCCAACUGAACGUGGGAGGCGAUGCCGGGUUCGGACAGACGACCUGCACCAGACAACAACAACAGCAGCAGCAGCAGCAGCGUCGCGACAGCAACCCAUUCACGGAGAUCGCGAUGAGCAGCUGCCGCUUUAACGGCGGCGUCUUGAAGCCUCUGAGCCACCUCAGCGCCUCGCGACGGAGUCUCCACGACGCCGAUUCGGACUGCGCCGCGUCGGGCACCAGCGCGGGUUCCCUGACCGGGUCGGCGGCAGCAGCAGCGGCGGCGGCGGCGGCGGCGGCAGCGGCUUCGGUGUCCGCAGGAGGCACCGAAGCUGCUGCUUCCGCCGCUGCUGCUGCUGCUGUGGCCACGGCGGCCACGGCGGGGGGCGCCUCGCGGACUGAGCCCGGCUGCUCGGCGGUGCAGCCGGGCGGCGCUGGGCGCGCGGCGUCGGCCACCGGCGGCGUCGGCGGCGGCGUCGGCGUCGGCGGCGUCUCGCAGGGAGGGCACAAGUCGAGCAAGAAGAAGCACCAGAACAUCGGGUACAAGCUCGGACACCGUCGGGCGCUCUUCGAGAAGCGCAAGAGGCUCAGCGAUUACGCGCUGAUCUUCGGCAUGUUCGGCAUCGUGGUGAUGGUGAUCGAGACGGAGCUGUCGUGGGCCGUCUACACCAAGGAGUCGCAUUAUUCUUUAGCUCUCAAAUGCCUUAUCACGCUAUCGACCAUCAUUCUGCUCGGAUUGGUCGUCGCGUACCACGCCAGGGAGAUCCAGCUCUUUAUUGUGGACAAUGGUGCAGAUGACUGGCGAAUUGCAAUGACCUACCAGAGGAUCUUCAACAUUGGCCUCGAGCUCCUCAUAUGUGCCAUCCAUCCUAUCCCGGGAAACUACACGUUCAUGUGGACAGCCCGCUUAGCUUUCACCUACGUCUCGUCGGUGAAGGAGGCUGACGUGGACAUUGUGCUCUCCAUCCCCAUGUUUCUGCGCCUCUACCUGAUCGCACGCGUCAUGCUGCUGCACAGCAAACUCUUCACCGACGCGUCAUCGCGCAGCAUUGGGGCGUUAAACAAGAUCACCUUCAACACGCGUUUCGUGAUGAAGACGCUCAUGACAAUCUGCCCGGGCACCGUGUUGCUCGUCUUCAGCAUUUCCCUGUGGAUCAUUGCCGCUUGGACUGUGCGCGCAUGCGAGAGGUAUCAUGACCCCCAAGACAUAACAAGCAAUUUCCUGGCGGCCAUGUGGCUCAUCUCGAUAACGUUCCUCACCAUUGGCUACGGCGACAUGGUGCCACACACCUACUGUGGACGGGGCGUCUGUCUACUCACAGGCAUUAUGGGUGCAGGAUGCACCGCUCUGGUGGUGGCUGUGGUGGCCCGCAAGCUGGAGCUGACCAAGGCUGAGAAACAUGUUCACAAUUUCAUGAUGGACACGCAACUUACAAAGAGGGUGAAAAAUGCAGCAGCAAAUGUGCUCAGGGAGACUUGGCUGAUUUACAAGCACACCAAACUCGUCCGGAAGAUUGACCACUCUCGGGUCCGCAAGCAUCAGCGCAAAUUCCUCCAGGCCAUUUAUCAGCUACGGAGUGUAAAGAUGGAGCAGAGGAAACUCACAGACCAAGCAAACACACUUGUGGACCUGGCGAAGACGCAGAAUGUGAUGUACGAUCUUGUGUCGGACCUCAACGAGAGGAACGAGGAGUUCGAGAAGCGUCUGGCUACCAUGGAGGGCAAGCUCGAAGCUAUGGCAGACUGCAUCACCUCGCUACCUGCGCGUAUUGCACAGACGAUGAUUGAACACAUGGCUACGGGGCACGAUGGGCCCCUGGCUCUGCGGCAGUGCGAAAUCGCCCCAGCGCAGCUCAGCUUGGACGGGACAUUGCAGUACGUCAGGGAAAGGCAGAUGCACAUGCCCAGCCAAUCGCAGCACAGUUUUGACUGCGGUCUUUUGCACGUGAGCAGCUCGAUGUCUCUCCACAGCACAUCCGGCGGCCCGCUCACCAGCAGUACAUCGCUGCAUCAUAGCACGGGGGCUGGUGGCCUCGUACAAAACGGAGUGGGACGGCCCCAGCGGCCACUGAGCCCCACCCUGAGCAGCACGUCCCGGAACCAAUCCACUUCCCCAGCCAGACACCGCCGAUUGGCCACAAGUGGACUACAUGCGCACCAAAGCAUGUGACGUGGCAGGGGGAUUGCGAACGGCUUCCCAAUUCAGUUGCCUUAGCGAAGUAUUUUAUAGAGCGCUGUCGAAUUUGCUUCCGUUAUUGCUUUCUCAGUCUGGCUUUGCUGCUGCUCGUAAUUGGAUUGAUGUAGGAGCGCGUAUGUGAUUUGCUGGGCUUUUUUUGCAAACGGUGUACGGUUAGGGGGUGCUGGCUGGGAAAUAACUCAGGUGUAUGUCUCCCGCAGCCCUAAUUCAAACAAAACAAACCCCUUAUCACAGCAAAUAUCUAGCGACUAAAGCGUUAUUUAGUAUUUUGCA